AUGACCAUCAACAACCGGCAUCUGCGAACCGAUCCCAGCAUCAGCAUCUACGGCUUCUGCUCGAACCGAGAUCCCCAUCAACCUCUGCGGCAUCUGCAAGGAGGCCAGUCCCCCAACCUCUGCAUCAACAGAACCAGUCCCAUCAACCUCUGCAGCAUCUGCAAGAGCCGGUCCCCAUCAACCCUGCAGCAUCACAGACAGUACGCAACCUCUCAGCAUCUACAAGAACCAGUCCCAUCCCACCUCUGCAGCAUCCAGAACCAGUCCAUCGCCUCAACAUCACAGAACCGGUCCCAUCCGCCUCAGCAGCAUCUCCGCAAACCCAGUCCAUCGCCUGCAUCUACAAACGGUCCAUCAACCUCCUGCAGCAUCACCAAACCGGUCCAUCAACCUCAUGGCACUGCAAGACCGGUCCAUCAACCUCUUAAACAUCUACAGGACAGUCCAUUCCACACUCUGCGCAUCCUGCAGAACCGGUCCACCAACCUCUCCAGCAUCAACAAAACCAUUCCAUCAACCCCCCAGCAUCUGGAACCGCAUCUACAGAACCGGUCCCAUCCAGCCUCUGCGCAUCUGGAACCAGUCCCACCAGCCUCGCGGCAUCUACAGAACCAGUCACCAUCAACCUCUGCAUCAUCUCCAGAACCGGUCCCAUCCAACCACUCUCCAUCACUGCAGAACCAAUCACACAACCUCUGCAGCAUCCACAAACCGGUCCAUCAUCCUCUGCCGAGAAUCUACAGAACCGUCCAUCAGCCACUGCAACAUCUACCCAGACCAGUCCCAUCAACACCUCCUGCAACAUCUACAGAACCAGUCCCCAACCACUGCGGCAUCUGCAAGACCAGUCCCAUCGAACCUCUGCGGCAUCUACCAGGAACCGGUCCUGCCAACCUCUGCAGCAUCCUGCAGGACCGGUCCAUCAACCUCUGCAACGUCUCAGAGCCGGUCGUCAGCCUCUGCGGCAUCUGCAGAGCCGGUCCCAUCGCCACCACUGCGGCAUCUCAGAGCAGUCACAUCAGCCUCUUCCGGCAUCUGCCAGAACCAGUCAUCAACCACUGCGGCAUCUACAGAAACAGUCCGCAUCAACCUCUGCGGCAUCUGCAGAACCGGUCCCAUCGCAUCUGCGGCAUCUGCAGAAGACCAUCGCUCUACAAACAGCAUCUACCAGAACCAGUACAUCGCCUCUGCAGCAUCUCAGGGUCCAUCAGCACUCGGCAUCUGCAGAACCAAUCCCGCUCAACCUCACCGGCAUCUACAGAGCCGGUCCCAUCAAACUGCGGCAUCUACAGAACCGGUCCCAUCAACCUCUCUGCAGCAUCUGCAGAACCCGCAUCUGCAGAACCGGUCCAUCCAACCUCUGCGGCAUCUGCAGACCAGUCCAUCAACCUCUGCGGCAUCCUGCAGAACCGGUCCAUCAACCUCUGCAACAUCGAACCGGUCAUCAACCUCUGCAGCAUCUACGAGAACCAGUCCAUCAGCCUCUGCGGCAUCUGCAGAACCAGUCCAUCAACCCUCUCUGGCAUCUGCAGCAUCUGCACGAAUCCAAGUCCAUCAACACUCACGCAUCUCCAAGAACCAGUCCCAUCGCCUCGCGGCAUCUACCAGAGCCAGUCCAUCGGCUCUCUGCGGCAUCUGCCAAAGAUCCGGCCAUCAAACUCAUCCGGCAUCUACAGAACAGUCCAUCAACCUCUCAAGCAUCUACAAAGACCAAUCCCAAACCUCUGCGGCAUCUCUGAGACAGUCCAUCAACCUCUGCGCAUCUACAGAACCAGUCCAUCGCCCUCUGCGGCAUCUAUCAGAACCGGUCCCAUCGCCUCUGCAGCAUCUACAGAACCAGUCCAUCUAACCUCCUCCGGCAUCUCUACAGGGUGUCAUCGCCUCUCAGCAUCUGCAGAACAGUCCACCAUCAACCUCGGCAGCAUCUCCAGAACCGUCCCAUCAACCUCGCAGCAUCUACAGAACCGGUCCAUCAACCUCUGCGGCAUCUACCACAGAACCACCGUCCAUCAACCUCUGCAGCAUCUACAGAACCAGACCCCAUCAACCCUGCGGCAUCUGCAGGCCGUCCCAUCAGCUUCUCUACCGCAGCAUCUGCAAGAACCGGUCCCAUCAACCUCUGCGGCAUCACCGGUCCCAUCUCGGCCUCUGCGCAUCUACGAACCAGUCCCGUCAACAUCUGCGGCAUCAGAACCGGUCCGCUCAACCUCUGCAGCAUCUCAGAACCGGUCCCAUCUUCUCUCUGCGGCAUCUACGAGCCGUUACCAACACUCCUGCACGCAUCUGCACGCAGGGCCGGUCCCUCGCUUCUGCGCUCUCCAGAACCAGUCCAUCAACCUCUGCAUCUGCAGACCAGUCCAUCAGCCUCUGCAGCAUCUACAGAACCGGUCCAUCAACCACUGCAGCAUCUCCAGAACCAGUCCAUCCAACACUCUGCGGCAUCUGCAGAACCAGUCCCAUCACCUCUGCAGCAUCUGCAGAACCGGUCCCAUCAACCUCCGCACAUCUGCAAGAAACCGGUCCCAUCAGCCUCUGCGGCAUCUGCAGAACCGGUCCCAUCGGCAUCUCUACCAGCAUCUGCAGAACCAGUCCAUCGCCUGCAGCAUCCCACCAGAACCAGUCCCACAGCCUCUGCAGCAUCUGCAAGAACCAGUCCAUAACCUCUGCAGCAUCUCGGAACCGGUCCUCAGCCUACUGCAUCUGCAGAACCAAUCCAUCUGCAGCAUCUCAGAGACCAGUCCCGCUCGGCCUCUGCAUCAUCUGCAGAACAGGUCCGCAUCCAGCAGCCUCUCAGCAGCAUCUCUGGAACCGGUCCCACAACCUCUGCAAUCUGCAAGAACCGGUCCCAUCAACUUCUGCAGCAUCCUGCAGAACCAGUCCCAUCCACCUCUGCAGCAUCCAGAGGCCAGUCCAUCAACCUCUGCAGCAUCUGCAGAACCAAUCCAUCAACCUCUGCAGCAUCACCACAGAACCCGGUCACAUCAACCUCCUGCGGCAUCCUGCAGAACGGUCACAUCACUUCUGCGGCAUCUGCAGAACCAUCCCAUCAACCCCAGCAUCUGCAGAACCGGUCAUCCCUCUGCGGCAUCCUGCAGGAACCGGUCCCAUCAACCUCUACAGCAUCUCAGAACCAGUCCCAUCAACCUCUCUGCGGCAUCUACCAGAACCGGUCCCAUCAACCUCUGCGCAUCUCAGAACCAGUCAUCAACCUCUGCAGCAUCACAGAACCAGUCCAUCAGCCUCCAGCAUCUACAGAACCAGUCCAUCAACCUCUGCGGCAUCUGCAGAACCAGUCCCACACGAUCCUGCAGCAUCUACAGAACCAGUCCAUCUCCUCUGCGGCAUCAGGGCCAGCCCAUCAACCUCUGCAGCAUCUACAGAGAACCAGUCCACCCAACCUCUGCGGCAUCUGCAGAACCAGUCCUCAACCUCUGCAGCAUCUACAGAACCGGUCCCAUCUCACUACUGCGGCAUCUGCAGAACCGGUCAUCAACCUCUGCGGCAUCUGCAGAACCAGUCCGUAACCUCUGCAGCAUCUCUGCAAGAACCGGUCCCAUCAACUUCUGCAGCAUCUCAGAACCAGUCCAUCCUUCUGCGCAUCCUGCAGAACCGGUCCCAUCCAACCUCACGGCAUCUACAGAACCGGUCCAUCAGCUUCUGCGGCAUCUACAGAACCGGUCCCCAUCAACCUGCGGCAUCUACAGAACCGGUCCACAUCAACCUCUGCGCAGCAUCUACGAACCGGUCCCAUCAGCCUCGGCAGCAUCUGGACGGUCCAUCGACACUCUGCGGCAUCUGCAGAACCGGUCCCAUCUCAACUUCCUGCGGCAUCUGCAGACCGGUCCCAUCAACAUCGCCGGCAUCUGCAGAACCGGUCACAUCAACACUCCGUCAUCUGAGAACCGGUCCCAUCAACCUCUACGCAUCUGCGGAACCAGUCCAUCAACUUCUUGCAGCAUCUACAGAACCAGUCCCGUAACAUCUCCUGCAGCAUCAACAGAACCAGUCCCAUCCGCCUCUCCAUCUGCAAACCGAACCACCAACCUCCGGCAGCAUCUACCAGAACCAGUCCAUCAGCCUCUGCAGCAUCACAGAACAGUCCCAUCCCAACCUCUGCGGCAUCUACAAGAACCCGGUCGCAUCAACCCUACAGCAUCUGCAGACCAGAUCCCACCAACCUCUGCAUCUGCAGAACCGGUCACAUCCUACUCUGCCAUCUACCCAGAACCGGUCCAUCAACCUCACCUGCAUCUCUGGAACAGUCCCACCAACCUCUGCAGCAUCACCAGAACCGGUCCAUCAACCCUGCGCAUCCAAACCAGUCCCCAUCAACGCCCACCAGCACUCUACAGAAAAAGUCCAUCAACCCUCUGCGGCAUCUACAGAACCGGUCCACAACCCCUGCUGCAUCUGCAACCGGUCCAUCAGCCUCCAAGCAUCUACAGAACCAGUCCCACAACCCCGCAUCCUGGAACCGGUCCCAUCAACACUCUACCGCAUCUGCAGAACCAGCCCAUCGCCUCUGCAGCAUCCCACAAAACCAGUCACAUCAACCUCUACAGCAUCUGCAAGAACCAGUCCAUCAACCUCUACAGCAUCUACAAACCAGCACAACCUCUGCAGCAAACCUCCUGCAAAACCAGUCCAUCAACCUCUGCGAACCAGUCCAUCGCCUCUGCGGCAUCUCUACAGAGCAGUCCAUCAACCUCGGCAGCAUCUACUGCAGAACCAGUCCCAUCAACCUCUGCGGCAUCUGCAGAACCAAUCAUCAACGCCUCUACAGCAUCUACCUACAGAACCAGUCCCCAUCAACCUCUGCAGCAUCCACAGAACGGUCCCAUCAGCACUCUGCAAGCAUCUGGAACCGGUCCCAUCAACCUCUACCACAGCAUCUGGAACUUCGGUCCCAUCAACCUCUACAGCAUCUACAAGAACCAGGUCCAUCAACCUUCUGCAGCAUCUGCAGAACCAGUCCCAUCGGCAACCUCUACGCGUCUACAGAACCAGUCCCCAUCAGCCUCUCGGCAGCAUCUGCAGAAACAGCUCCCACUUAACUCACCAGCCAGCAGUUAA